UAGCCACCACCAUCACCAUUCACUCUCAAGACUACUGCUGCUCAGUAAUAGUUAAAAUUCUCCUCCUUUCUUCUUCAAUCAAUUGAUUAAUGGGUGAGCAGUAUGACCUUAGCAAGAUCCAGGAGCAAGUGGACAGGUACAUCAAUGCCGGCUUCACCCGCAACAAUUUCCCGGCCGACUUCGUAUUCGGCGCCGGCACCUCCGCCUAUCAGAUCGAGGGCGCCUACAACGAGGGCGGCCGCGCCCUCUCCUGGUGGGACUCCAUCACCCUCCACACUCCAGAAAAAAUCGAGGGUGGCGGCAACGGGUGCGUGGCCAUCGACCACUACCACAGGUUUCGGGAAGAUGUGCAGCUCAUAAAGAGACUAGGGGUUGAUAGUUACAGGUUUUCCAUAUCAUGGCCUCGAAUAUUGCCCGGUGGAAACUUGGCCGGGGGCAAGAACAAAGAAGGCAUCAAGUUCUACAACGAGGUCAUCGAUUGCUUGCUCGCCAAUGGAAUUACGCCGUCCGUUACCCUCUUCCAUUGGGACACCCCGCUGUACCUCCAAAAUGAGUAUGGUGGCUUCCUAAGCCCUCGUAUCGUAGACGACUUUGCGGAGUACGUAGAAGUGUGCUUUGCGGAGUUCGGCGAUCGCGUCAAGUUCUGGGUGACGAUCAACGAGCCCUGGUCGUACGCCAUCAACGGCUACUACAUGGUUGCCUCCCCUCCGCCGAGCGUGGCGCGCACGCUUGCCAAGUCCAAGUACGAUCUCCGGCCGCUGUCCCACCGUUCCAUGCCGGGACAGCUGGUGGCCCCCACGAACGACGCCGGCACCUGGCCCUACCUGGUGGGCUAUCACUUGCUCCUGGCUCAUGCCCGGGCCGUCCAAGUCUACCGCCGCCUCUUCCAGGCCGUUCAAGGCGGCAAGAUCGGCAUCACCAACAUGACCACCUGGUUCGAGCCCUUCACCGACACUCAGGAUGACAUCGACGCCGCCUCCAGAGCCGUCGACUUCAAUUGGGGAUGGUUUACGGCACCCGUUGUAACGGGGGACUAUCCGCAGGUAAUGAAGGAUCUGGUCGGAGACCGCCUACCGCGGUUUACGGCCGAACAGUCCAAACUGUUGAGGGGGUCCUACGACUUCAUCGGAAUGAAUUAUUACACCACCAAUUGGGCUGCCAACAAGGUCUAUCCGCCGGACACGCCGCCCUCUUAUUACACGGAUCAACAAACUGAAUUUAUCACUGAACGAGACGGCGUCCCGAUCGGUAAACCGGCCGGGUCGAAGUGGCUGUUCGUUGUUCCACGGGGCAUAUACGAACUUCUUAAGCAUACACAAGCAACGUAUAACGAUCCCAUCAUUUACAUAACGGAGAAUGGUAGGGAUGAAGUAAACGAUCCGAAUCUAUUGGUAAGCCAAGCCCGACAGGAUCCGGAGAGAAUCGAUUACCAUGUUCAACAUUUGGGUUACAUAAAGCUAGCCAUGGAUGAAGGCGUGCGAGUGAAAGGGUACUACGCGUGGUCGUUGAUUGACAACUUUGAGUGGACCGUAGGAUACACGGUGAGAUUUGGCUUCUAUUUUGUCGACUACCUUAACAACUACGAGAGAACUCCCAAGGACUCGGUGUAUUGGUACAUGAACUUUCUUAAAAGAGAUCUCAUCCCAAUACCCAAACGGCUGCCGGAGGAGGAAAUUGUUCAAGACACCGCCAAUGCGGCCACCAAAAAGAGAAAAGGUCGUUAGGUUCACCAACGAGUUCAAUUGAGCUAACUGGCCAAUGCUUGUCUUUGAUUUAUUGUGUCGUCUGAAUAAAUAUAUUAGCAACUUAGUUCUUGCUAAUAUGUUAGUUAUCUGUUGUUGUUUCUUCUUCAUUUAGUAUUUCAUGUUUCUUCGUGUUUGUUCGAUGAAUUUUUAUGUUAUCUUCUUUUUAAUUA